AUGGCGGAGCCACCACCGUCGUCUUUCCAUCACCACUUCAUGUGUCCUCCUCCUCCACCAAAACACCAUCGAUCAUCAAACAAGAAACACUACUCCUUCCCCGGAUCUCACCACCCUCCCUCCAUCCACCGCCUCUUCCCGUGCCAGUACUGUCCACGCAAGUUCUACACCUCUCAAGCUCUCGGCGGUCACCAGAACGCUCACAAACGCGAACGCGCCGCUGCUCGCCGCAACCUCGGCGUCGAUCAUCAUCAUCCUCCUCCUCCAUCGUCAAUCCUCCACGACGAAGCUGCUUUCGCUUGUCCUAACUUCUACCCUAACCAACCUCCUCAAGGAUCCGUCACAGCAACCGGAUGGUCCGGAUCAACCUGGAUCGUACCGGAUAAUCAACAGACGACGAUGAUGGUGGGUGGUGGUGGUGGUGGUUACGUCGAUCCGUAUCCGUACCCGUUUGGUUACUACAUUGAAGACGAGCCACAGCUCGAUCUUUCUCUCCAUCUCUGA